AAAUAGAAUUUGAAAUGAGUAAACAAAUAAAAUUAUUAUAUUUGGCUUUUUUAUACAUAUAUGUCCUAGAAUCUUAAUUAUAAAAAAUUAUGAUUCCUGUCAAUUGAUUAAAUAAAAUUUAUCGCAUCUAUAUUUCUCGCAACAAGAUGAGUAAUGUGUAAGGGAUAACACAGUUGACGCACUUAUCAGAUAUGCUAUCAGGAUAGGUUGUAGUAGGUAUAUAUCUUCCGUGGCUAAAUAAGCGAUCAUUUAACGAUAGCCUACAUGUGAAAUCACAGUGCGAACAUCAUGAUGGUUAAUAUUAUCAUAUUAUUACUUUUAUUUCUGUGCAACCAAUGUUUGUGCGAUAUAUGUAAAACCUGCAUAUGUUCUGCCUCAAAUGCAGGUCCAAUUAUCAAUUGCCAUGAUAGACACUUAGGAACUAAUGAAGUUCUUAACUUCGAUCUUCUUACUCUAAAUAAAGAUAGACCGUUAAACAAACUUAUCCUUUCAAAAAAUAAUAUAGUGCUUUUACCUAUAAAUGAACUAAAAAAUCUGAAGCAUUUAAAAAGAUUGGAUGUGUCUCAAAAUCAACUGGAUAAUAUACAUUCAUAUAUCUUUGAGAAUCUAAACGAACUCGAAGAAUUAAAUUAUUCUUACAACUCUCUCUGGAACUUUGAUAUUUCUAUUCUGAACUCAGUUUCCUUUCUCUCCAAACUUAAUUUGAGUCAUAAUCAAAUCAGCAAUUUGGAGAAAAGCUUGAAAAAUGCAACGACAAAGUUGAAAGCCCUUGAUAUAUCUCACAACAAACUUGUUGAUUUGAACUUUCUUGAUGGUUUGCCGGAGUUGGAAUACUUAAAUCUUUCCUUCAAUAAAUUUGUCACUCUCCCGACUAAUUCUUUACUUUAUAUGCACCAUCUAAAAAUUCUUUACGUUAACAAUAAUCACCUUCUCUCCCUAAAUUUUCAAAAUCUUCCAUUGUCACUGAUAGAACUUUACACGGAAAACAAUCUUAUUGAUACUGUGAUAUUUCAAAAAUCGUCAAUUCGUACUUUAAACAUUCAAAACAACAAUAUUUCUAUCAUACAUAAGAAUUUAACAUUACUUGAAGAAUUACAAAAAUUAAAUAUCAGUAAAAAUUCCCUGUUAGAUUUUCCAGAUGUUUUUCUGAAAAAUUUAGAAAUGUUAGACAUAUCCUCCAAUAACUUAACAAUAAUACCUGAAACCAUUUCUACUAAAAAUUUUCCAAAUUUAAAAACUUUUAAAAUAAAUGGUAACCGUUUGAAAGAUAUAAAAAUUCGGUCUGAACUGAAUUUGGAAAUGUUUGAAGUGAAAUUUGUAGAGACGAUUGAGAAAAUUGACAGAGAAACAUUUCUAAUGUUAAAGGAGAAGAAAAACGGUUGUAUCAAUGUAACUGUUUCGAACAAUGCAAAGUUGAAUACGAUUGAAGAAAAUGUGUUUCAACAUAUGAACAUUUGCUUCCUAGAUUUGAGCAACAAUUACUUUACUUAUUUGCCAUUAAAACUGUUUAAUCUAAAUGUUUACAACAAAAAUAAUUCAACAAAAACAAAUUUAAAAUACCUUAUUAAUCUGCAAGGAAAUCCUUUUACUUGCAAUUGUUCAUUGCAAUGGAUAUUGAAUGAAUUAGUCCCGAAACUUUACAGUAUAAAUCCCAGUCUUCUAGAAGAUUUGAGAUGUGCUGAUCCACCUCCUCUGGCCAACAAAAGAAUGAUCCAUUGGUACAAUUGGAAGGGAGAGGUCUUUUGCGAUGAGUUUUCACAUUUUGCGGAGAGAAUGUCCGUUAAUGUUGCGGGUGUUUCUAGCAACCAAGUUGUGACAUUUAAAACUGGCCCUGGAAUGAUUGCUGUUCUGGCCACAGUGAGUGCUUUGCUGGCAAUUCUAAUGAUAAUUGGUAUUCUGUUGACUCGAAGAAUGACAGCAAAGAGAAGACGAGUUAAUCGUAGAUUUUAAAUUUCUUUAUUUUUGUAAAAACAUGAAGACUGGCAUUGGGAAAAAAUAUAAAAGAUAUUUAUUAUUUUUUUUUUUAUAUAACUUACAUAAUAUGCAAUUUAUGCAGUUCUUUAAUCUGUGCAAAAAUUGCAUAGAAUAGCUGUUAAAAUUUAUAAUCAUCUCCUAUAAUUUUUAUUAUGUAAAAUGGUACUUAAAGUACAGGAACGAUCUGCAAUAAUAUACAUAUAAUAAUAUAAUCCGUAAUAUUGUUUGAUUAAUAAGAAAUAUAUUAAAAAUGUUAAAUAUAUUAAAAAUCUGCGCGAACAUGCAUACUUUGAUAAUCACAAAACUCAACUUUAAUAAACUUGUAUUUUAUAACA